AUGGGGCUGACAUGGAAGGAACGGACCUUCACAGCCCUGCUGGGGGCUGCAGUGGUCUCAGGCCUCACCACGCUCAUUCUCUUCCUGGUGGAGGCCACCAACGUCCUCCUGCCCGCAGACACCAAGUUCGGGAUCGUGUUCGACGCUGGGUCCUCCCACACAUCACUCUUCGUGUAUCAGUGGCUGGCAAGCAAGGAGAAUGACACAGGUGUGGUCAGCCAGGCCCUGGCCUGCCAGGUGAAAGGGCCCGGCAUCUCUUCCUACGCCUCUGACCCCGCACAGGCCGGCGAGAGCCUGCAGGGCUGCCUGGAGGAGGCGCUGGCACUGAUCCCAAAGGCCAAGCAUCAGCAAACGCCCAUGUUCCUGGGGGCCACAGGUGGCAUGAGGCUGCUCAGCCAGAAGAACAGCUCUCAGGCGGAGGACGUCUUCGCAGCAGUCAGCCAGGUCCUGAGCCGGUCUCCCGUGGACUUCUGGGGCGCUGAGCUCCUGGCUGGGCAGGACGAAGGGGCCUUAGGUUGGGUCACCAUCAACUACGUCCUGGGCCUGCUGGUGCAGUACUCCUUCUCCGGAGAAUGGAUCCAGCCUCUGGAGGGGACGUUGGUGGGCGCCCUGGACAUGGGUGGGGCCUCCACCCAGAUCACCUUUGUGCCUGGAGGCCCCAUCCUGGACACCACCACCCAGGCCACCUUCCGCCUCUAUGGCACAGAACACAGCGUCUACACCCACAGCUACCUGUGCUUUGGGCGCGACCAGAUGCUGAACCGGCUCCUGGCCGGGCUGGUGCAGAGCAGCCCGGGCCUCCUGGUGCGUCACCCCUGCUACCACAGCGGCUACCGGGGCACGCUGGCCCUGGCCCCCCUGUACGGGUCGCCCUGUGUCCAGGCCGCAGCCCCCCGAGACCUCGGCCAGAACCUCAUUGUGGAGGGGACGGGGAACCCCGGGGCCUGUGUCGCCGCCAUCCGGGGUCUCUUCAACUUCUCCAGCUGUGACGGCCGAGGAGACUGCGCCUUCGACGGGGUCUACCAGCCCCCCGUGCGGGGCCAGUUCUAUGCCUUCUCCAACUUCCACCACGCCUUCCACUUCCUGAACCUCAGCUCCAGGCCACCGCUGGCCACGGCCAAUGCCACCGUCUGGGAGUUCUGCCAGAGGCCCUGGAAGCUGGUGGAGGCGAGCUCGCCCGGGCAGGACCGCCAGCUGCGCGACUACUGUGCCUCGGGGCUGUACAUCCUCACACUCCUGCUCGAGGGCUACGGGUUCAGCCAGGAGACCUGGGGCGGCAUCGAGUUCCGCAAGCAGGCCGGUGGCACCGACAUCGGCUGGACACUGGGCUACAUGCUGAACCUGACCAGCUUGAUCCCAGCCGAGGCGCCCGCCCAGUGGCGGGCACAGAGCUAUGGCGUCUGGGUGGCCGGAGUCGUCUUUUUGGUGUUGACCCUCACGGCCAUUCUCGGGGCCACUGUGGUGCAGCUCUGGCUCCGGGACUAG